UUGAAGUUGAUUUGCAAUGAAACAUACAGUAUUGUAUGUUAAUGUUUUGUAUUGGGAAUUACUCAUAAAUAAAUUAAAGAAUGUAAAAUCAACCCCAAAAAAAAAAGCAUAUGAUUAGCAAAAGCCCCACACACAAAGUCACAAACAAACAUAAAUCUGUACUAUAUAUAAAUUACACAAACACAUAGACAUGAAGCCGAAACAGAGAGAGAUUAGAAAAAGCUUCGACGCCUCUCAAGCACAAGCCGAAUCUCACGGUGGCUACCCUAAUACACAAACCCCAAAAAAAACCAUAACAUGCCUAACCACUACUAACCCUCUAAAUCCAAAACAUCAACUAACAAAAAAAAAACCAACCUUUUUUUUUUGUAUUUCUCUCUCUCAAAAAAAAUAAAAAAUCAAUCCUUUAUUCAAUUUGGCGCUGUUCCGGAGAUUGAUUUUGCUUCUCAGGCGGCGAUAUGUCGGCGGCCGGUGCAAGCCCUUUGGCUGUUGCACCAAUCACAGCCCCCACCACCACCACACGCCGCCGUGUCGGAGAUUCUUUAGAAACCACCUCCGAACGACCUUCCAUUUCAUCCGAUUACUGCAAUAAUAACACAGUUAACAUCGCUGUCUCGCCGGAUUUAGACGACGGCGAAACAGGUUUACAAGGCGGCGCGUGUUCUUCACCUUCCUCAAUUGGUUCCUCCUCUAGCGGAUCUCAUUACCACCACGAUCAUCACUACCAUCAUCAUCCAACGAUUCGGUACCUUCUCCUCCGUAAACUACGGUUACCGUUUCUCUUCGACGGUGGUGGAUCAACGGCUGUGGUGGGUCAAGGAUGGUUCUUUUGUUCAGGGAGAAACAUGGGUCGUCGGAUCUUGGGUCUUCUCAUGAUCCUCGUCGUCGCUUCUCUCUUCCUUAGAGUUUCUCUCAUGAGUGGGCGCGUCGUUGACCAAGCACACCGGAGAGAUUUGAACGAGCUCGUCGUCGUACGGACGUUACACGAAGAUUGGUCAAUGGCUCAACGUGCAAUGACGGAGAACGUCGUCAUUGAGAAGCUUCCCAUUCCGGAAAUAUGGCAGAAACCUGAAAACGGAAAUUAUCGCCAGUGUGCGUCACGUCCUAAGAACCGUUCAAGGCUAAGUAGGAAAACCAAUGGUUAUCUUUUAGUACACGCGAAUGGCGGAUUGAAUCAGAUGAGAACUGGGAUAUGUGACAUGGUUGCUGCAGCAAAGAUUAUGAAUGCUACUCUUGUUCUACCUCUCCUCGACCAUGAAUCUUUCUGGACUGACCCCAGUACUUUCAAAGAUAUUUUUGACUGGAGACACUUCAUGAACGUAUUGAAAGAUGAUGUUGACAUUGUCGAGUACUUACCUCCCCGAUAUGCAGCCAUGAGACCUCUCCUCAAGGCUCCUGUUUCUUGGUCCAAGGCUAGUUACUACAGAAGCGAGAUGUUACCGCUGUUGAAAAAACAUAAGGUGGUAAAGUUCACACACACCGAUUCGCGCCUGGCCAACAAUGGCUUGCCACCAUCAAUCCAACGGCUGAGAUGUCGUGCUAAUUACCAGGCAUUAGGGUACUCCAAGGAGAUUGAGGAGUUUGGGAAAGUUCUGGUUAACCGGUUACGAAACAACAGUGAGCCCUUCAUUGCUCUGCACUUGAGAUACGAGAAAGAUAUGCUUGCCUUUACAGGCUGCAGCCACAAUCUCACAGCUGGAGAAGCUGAAGAGCUGAGAAUAAUGAGGUACAAUGUUAAACAUUGGAAGGAGAAAGAGAUUGACAGCAGAGAGAGGCGGAUUCAAGGCGGUUGCCCGAUGUCUCCUCGAGAAGCAGCCAUAUUUCUAAAGGCAAUGGGAUAUCCAUCCUCGACGACUGUAUACAUAGUUGCUGGUGAAAUCUAUGGAGGAAACAGUAUGGAUGCUUUUCGAGAAGAGUACCCAAACGUCUUCGAUCAUUCAACCUUAGCAACUGAAGAAGAGUUAGAGCCCUUUAAGCCAUACCAGAACCGCCUGGCUGCUUUGGAUUACAUUGUAGCACUUGAAAGCGAUGUUUUUGUAUAUACAUAUGAUGGGAAUAUGGCUAAGGCGGUACAAGGACACCGUAGAUUUGAAGGGUUUAAGAAGACUAUCAAUCCAGACAGGUUAAAUUUUGUGAGACUGAUAGAUCAUUUAGACGAGGGUGUAAUGUCUUGGGAUGAGUUUUCAUCAGAAGUAAAGAGAUUACAUAACAACAGGAUUGGAGCGCCAUAUGCGAGACACCCCGGUGAAUUCCCUCGGCUAGAGGAGAAUUUCUACGCGAACCCACAACCAGAUUGCAUAUGUAACAAAUCUCAGCCUGAGCAACUCUGGAAAUCAAGAGAGUCAGAUAGAUGGAAGAAGAGUGCUUGAAGAUAGAAGAAAAUACACAGUGAACACAAUACAACAACAUUGAUUCAAACCUUUUUUUAGCCUUCUUGUACAAUAUAGGAAAAAGAAGAAGACGAUAUCUUGGAAGAUCAUUACAAAUGUGUAGAAUCCAUUUCAACCAUACAUACAGGAGCAUCAAAGAUAUAUAGCAUUUUUUGUCCUUUGUGUCUCUUCAGAGCAGCUUCUAUUAGAAAUCUAAAUAGAGAUAUGAUUGAUCCUUUGAAAUCACAUUAUUCUUUGUAUUUGUUGUUAUUAUAGUGACCUCAAACAUUCAUUA